UCGACGCUGGUCGAGAACAAGAUACUGGCUAUCAAGCGUGAAUGUGAACUGAAAAAACGUAAUAAGAAGUCGAGGGUAAUCAGACGGAUUUUGUUUGGCAGGAAGUCCUGCAAGAAGGUCAGCAAGAACGGUAGUGGUGAGGGUAAGAAGCGGAAUGGAACAGUGAAGGAUGCCGAGCGAGACGAACAGGAAGGGGAUGGGAUUGUCGGGGCAGUCGGUGGCUUGCCGUUGGAAAAUUCAACCACAAGCGAUGGCGCUGACGAGGUUAUUGUCGAGAUUGGUGAUUUGUCCUCGCUGGUCGAUGCCCAUGGCAAUGUUGUGGCUAUUGGCACCGGAGAGGACUAUCAAUCAAAAUCGGAUUCGGAAGUGGGCCGUAAUAGAAGAGCCACCGGGCAGACAAACGGUGUGACAGUGGUGAAUCUGGAGCUGGACAUCGAUGAUGACGACGAUAGCGGCGGGGAAGCGAUGGGCGGCACGGACGAACUGCCAUCGAAAAGUGAAGCUAUAGCACAAUCUUUAGAGUACGACAGGAAAUCCAUCAAAUCGAAUGAUUUCCGAUUUCGGGAACGAUGCAGUACGUUAGAACCAGUAAGUGUAUCCAUAGAAAUAGAACCACAUUCCGAUCCGCUUAGUACCCAGUAUGACCUCGAGGACAGCGCAACGAACGUAUCCAUCGAGCUGGAUAAUAGUGAAAUUUCCGAAAUGAAGCGAAGCAUAGCUUCCGAACCGGUUCCCAUAAUUAAGAAUGUUAGCAAAUAUCGCCCGGAGACAUCCCGUCAACCGUCGCUCUUUGGUACGGCUUCCCAUCGGUUGCGGCUCCUGGAGGCGAAAUCCAUCAGUGCCCAAAACAGCCCAAUCCUUCCUCGCCAGAAACCGACCGAAGCUCGCCAUCUUACUUUUAGCACCGCCACCUACCAAACGACAUCGCCCAAUCCCGUGGCGACGAAAUCGAAGAAAGACAUCGAAGACACCUCAUUCGUGAUCGAUCUCAGUCGAGAGACCGCAGGCAACGACGCCAGCGCCACUAGCAAUCUUAGCAACUGUAACUCUAUUGUGAUACCGAAGGAUAAGCAAACGACUCUGAGCGACAGCAAACGAAGCAGUACUCACAAGAAGUCAUCGUUAGCCGUAGUCGAUAGCAGUAGUAGUACUAGCGCUAGUAGGAAGAACAAAUUGAUCCCGACCGCGGCGGUGACGACAACGACGACGAUGACAACCGCAAAGCUGAUCUACAGCGCAGACCCCUCGCCGCCGCCAACGCCGGGACUGAUCGAAAGCUUUAACCAACUCACAUCUCCCAAUCUGCCUGUGAUAUCGAUGCGGCAGUCCGCGUUGCCGGUUAGUGAUAUGAUCAAGCUGCAUCGACUGUCCGCCGCUGGCGGCGGAGGUCGAUCCGCCACACAAGCUCAAACGCAACAACAAUCACAAACGCAGGAAUUUAGUAGCAAUCAAUCGAAAAUGCAGCAACUAGCAUCAACGACGACAAUCAUUACCAGCAGCGAAACGGCGGGAGGUAGUCGGAAGCAGCGCCACGGAUUUCUGAGACAAUCGAGCUGUGACGUGGAGCUGCACUAUCACCAGCAGGGGAAACAGUCGGAACAAGCGAGGCACGGAAGUGGCCGCAGUCGGAGGGAAAACUUCGGUGCACAUCGAACAGUGUCGUCGGCUGCAGCGAUGCCACCCUGCAGCAGUGGGAUGGUUGUUGGUCUGGAUGAUUACGGCGAUGACCCGUUGCUGGCGGGGGAGCUGAACGAGAGCGACGAGGAGAAGCUGAACAAGAGGAAGUACAAAUACUUGAAGCGCUGCUCAGACCCGGUAAUUGUAUUUCCUUCCACUAGCUCCGGUGGAGGAGGAACCGGUGGAGGCGGCCUACAGCACUGUAUCCUCAGUCGACCACCAAAUCAACCGAUCCAAUUCCCGUACGACGAGGACUUUAUGUAUGACGUCUCGCUGCAGCUUGAACCGGACCGGGAUUCGAUAGUGCCUGAACAUAGGAGAAGACAUAAGCAUAGACAUCACCACCAUCGACACUGUAAGAAGAAAAGACACAAGAGGCGGAAAAUCCUAGUUCAUGACUUAGAUGAUCAAAGUGUUAAGGUUAUAGAUCCCGAUGAUCUUCCACAGCGCGCCCGUUGGACGAUUAUAGCAACCGCCUUCCUACUGCUGAUUAUGUGCCUACUCCUAGUCGGAAUCACCCUGCGGAUGGCUCCCCUCAUCGACGAUAUGGUUCGCCAGGAAAACGAACGACUCAUGCGGGAGUCCCUCGACAGAGCCAAGAUGAUCAAAAAUUACACCGACUACAACCGGAUGAUCGGCGGCGACGAAAUUCCAUAACGAUUUUUGCUUACUCUCAUCCCUGCUUCUGCCGUCGAUUGGCCUGGUCCUCGUCUAUUGCUUCUUCUGUACCACCCGUCAAUGGCAGUAAACUGUCGCAGCAGCAGCAGGUGCCAGCGAUGACCACACAAUGAAAUAACAACGCACAUAGGUAUUUCAUCGUUACGACCAUGGCGGGGUCACCUCCCAUCAGCAUUUCCAUCAUUGAUCAAUCAGCAUUCUGGUAGGUGCAUUGGAAUUCGAUCGAACGUUUGCGUGCACCAUGCCGUUAUUGUUGCCGUAUUUUUUUCGGCGAUUAUUUUUAAUUAGUUUGCAAAUUCUCCAUUUCCAUGGAAAUUCAAUUAAAAUGACGCCAACAGGUAGAACCAUGACCGAUGAUGGCAAAUGGUGGUGGUGAUGGUGGUGGUGGUCCAGAGGCUAGGGAAAUUGGCAGCAAAUAAUUGCAUUCACCACCAUCCCUUUCCAUUUGUUGGUUGUUCAAAUUAUUACGACAAACGGAUGCUGAUAAUUGUUGUUGAUUGUUUAAUUUUAUUAUCAUAAUAGAUGCCAGGCAAGAAUUUCGAUUGUUGGCAUCGUGGCUAACGAACCGUUUGAGGGACACAGAAAAGCAGCACGAUGUCCAGUGGUCGAAAAUAUGGCAAAUAGUAGAACCCAUGUUAAUUGUGUGCGCUAAAACUAUCAAGGAAAAAUCUAAAACUGAAAAUUGUUCUUUGAAAACUAUUAGUAACUAGAUAGUAGCAGCGGCAGAAAUGUAAACAAAAGAGAGCGAAUAUUUUUUCCUAAGGAAAGUCAGUGUGUCACUUGUAAGAGUACCGGAUAUUAUUUUUAAAAAGGAAACAAGCAUCAAGACAAACGAAGUGUAACGACGACGAUGACGAUGAAGGCGGUGUUUCAAUUGUUGUGAAAGAAGUACGUACGUAGAUUAAUUGUUAUUAACUAAUUGAAUUUGAGAAUCAGUGAGCCUCCAAAGAGAGCUUCGGUUUAGUAGUUGAAACAGUUGUAGAUCUUGUUUUACCCGUUUUGUGUGAUAUAAAAUGUGCGUUAGGAUGGUCGAGAAAGUUUCCCUGAAUGGUCUAAACCAACCCGAGUAGCACACUCUCGUUACAAAAAGUUGCAACAACUUGUUUAUGACUGGAAUAAGUCGUAAAGAAGUUUUCAAAACUGAUUUGAGACAAGCUUGCCAUCAACUUUAUUUUAAGUUAUCGGAGCUAAAGUUGAAGGUUAUUUUAAAAAAAAUGGUGGGGUUGUGUACAAGACACGACCGCAUGGUUGACGUAGACUACGUUGAGAUGUUUAGUGAUCUUCUUGUGUAUUUUUCUUGAUAUUGAUUUAAAUUACAGUAGAAGUAACUUAUUUCCUCAAUUUACUCCAUUUCUUCUCCUUAACAUGUCAAUUUCCUCACCCUUAUUAGCUAUUUUCCUGACUGUUUCUGGACUUUCCGUUAGGGAUAUUUCCGCAUAUGAAACACUUGUCUUUAAUCCUCCAUUAUAAAAUAUAUUCCCCGUGCACACUUCAAUGCCCAUCCCAACUUCGUUUAACAUUUGUUAUGGAUAACACGUUUAACCAAACGAUUGAUCUCAGUGGGAUACCUCCGGUGGGAACUCGUUCACAAGCACGUAUUGCACAUCCGAGCCCAAGUCACAAUGCAAGCUUUAUUGAGGUUUUAAAGCACUCUACAAGUCGAAAUCAUGGUCUAUAGUACCCUCAUAAAACCCAAAUAGUUAUUUGGGAGGUAGCCAAUAAGCCCUCUAAUUUGGAUUGAUUUUGUUAUAUAAAGCUAACAUACGAUCAAUACAGGGCUUUGGCGCAUUAUUAGUCGAAUUAUUUCUAAGUAUGCUUGUUGGUUACUUGGUAUUGCCACCUCACUUUCUUACCAUCAGCAUAAUCGAAAAUUUGAUAUUCAGAGUUUUACUUUCACAAAAUUAGAAAGCUUAGUCCAUGUGACCCUGAUUUCAAUAUUUAAUCAUAACUUGCUACUUCAAGCAAUCAAAAAUUCGUCCAUGCAAGCAGGAUCAUAAUUCUAAAUGUUCAUGUUUUACACCAUUCGGUAGCUGUGAGAGGUACAUCAUACAUGAAAUGCAAAUUUUCUCUCAACUUGGGAACAAAACAGAGGGAAUUCCACCUUUUCCUGAUUUGCUCCUGCUUCUGCUUGCCACGCCGUCCGAAGCUUCAAUGAGCGGAGGAACGACAGCAGAGUUCAUAUAUAGUUUACAGGUUCAAGCAAAAUGAUGCGCAACCAAAUGGUACUCGAUUAUGACGACUUGAUUUGGGGAGAACGUUUAUUUCAUUGAAAUAGCGAUGCAAUUAUCACUUUUUAUUUGUAGAUUUUGACGAUUUGUUUUUUUUUAGAAAAUUGGAAAAGCAAUAAUUGCAGCAGAUUGUUUGAGUUAUUUCCUAUCGGUUGGUGUAUUUGGAUUUUAUUUUCACCUAUAAAUGACAAAGUUAUAAGCGUUCAAAACCUUACAUCUUUUCGUGAUGGUCGCAAUUUUAGAUUCAGCCCCAAAAUCUUUACUAAUUUGAUUAAUUGGACUUCACUUAUUUCAUCCACCAGAACAAUUUGGAGGAGGCGCUUCUAAAAAUGUCAACGACCCUCACUGGACAUCAGCCUUACAGUGUAUCUCAAAAUUGAGCGUACACCUGAAUGGGAAAUUUUUUGAAAGACUGUGAGUGGAUAGAUUUUUGAAAUCUUGGCUGUGGUUGCACAACUAGUUAUUGAUUUAUCAGUAUAGUUUUGGACUUUAUUGGCAGAGUAUGUAUGAAGUUUGAGUAAUUUCAGUAAAACGGUCGAUUUUCAACUUUUUUCAUAGUAGGCGGAUUUUAUUAAAAUUAGCGGCAUUUUUAAGAUCUUCAUUAUGACUACAGAUGAGCUGAAUUUCCAUAAGUUUGGCUCAUUGUAUUUCAUAAAAAUGUGUGUUUUUUUAGAGGAAAUCUAGUUUUUUUUUAAAUAGCUUAAACUUCUCACACACUCAUCUCAAUACUAUACCGAUAACCAGGCAUGGGAAAUCAUUUACAUUCAUUUCAUGCAUUCAUUUACAUUCAUUUGCCCCUAACAUUAUUCAUCAGCAG